AUUCAAACCAACAAUUUUUAACCCGACCCCAAUUUUCAUCAUAAAGCCGCCAGCGAAGACGAAUAAUCACGCGCUGCGAAGACCGAAAUCGCCAGUCUUGAAGACAGUUACAAAUAUCUAAUCACAGCCGUAACGAUGGCGGAAGGAAGUGGCAUCGACCGCAAGGCGGAGGAGCGGAUGGAGUUUACAACCUCCAAGGAGGUCACGGUCCAUCCGACUUUCGAGUCGAUGGCUCUGAAGGAGAGCCUCCUCCGUGGCAUCUACGCGUACGGGUACGAGUCGCCUUCGGCGGUCCAGUCGCGCGCUAUCGUUCAGGUCUGCAAGGGUCGUGAUACCAUUGCGCAGGCACAGUCCGGAACGGGAAAGACAGCCACAUUUUCCAUCAGCAUGCUCCAGGUUAUCGACACGGCCGUGCGUGAGACCCAAGCACUCGUCCUGUCGCCCACACGCGAGUUGGCGACACAAAUUCAGAGCGUUGUCAUGGCCCUGGGCGACUACAUGAAUGUGCAGUGCCACGCUUGUAUCGGCGGCACCAACGUCGGCGAGGAUAUCCGCAAACUCGACUAUGGUCAGCACAUCGUCUCGGGUACACCAGGUCGCGUGGCUGACAUGAUUCGCCGCCGCCAUCUCCGCACCCGUCAUAUUAAGAUGCUCGUUCUGGACGAGGCCGAUGAGCUGUUGAACCAAGGAUUCCGUGAGCAGAUCUACGACGUCUACCGAUACCUUCCACCCGCGACUCAGGUUGUGGUUGUUUCGGCUACGCUUCCGUACGAUGUGCUGGACAUGACCACCAAAUUCAUGACCGACCCCGUGAGGAUCCUUGUCAAGCGUGACGAACUGACCCUCGAGGGUUUGAAGCAGUACUUCAUCGCCAUUGAGAAGGAAGACUGGAAGUUCGACACGCUCUGCGAUCUUUACGAUACACUCACCAUCACACAAGCCGUCAUUUUUUGCAACACGAGGCGCAAGGUUGACUGGCUUACGGACAAGAUGCGCGAGGCCAACUUCACGGUCAGCAGCAUGCAUGGCGAUAUGCCUCAAAAGGAGCGUGACAGCAUUAUGCAGGACUUCAGGCAAGGAAACAGCCGAGUGUUGAUAUCUACCGAUGUUUGGGCCCGAGGUAUCGAUGUCCAGCAGGUCAGUCUGGUUAUCAAUUACGACCUGCCGAGCAAUCGUGAAAACUACAUUCACCGCAUCGGUCGUUCGGGAAGGUUUGGUCGCAAGGGUGUUGCCAUCAACUUCGUUACUAGCGAGGACGUGCGAAUCCUCAGAGACAUCGAGUUGUAUUACUCGACCCAGAUCGACGAGAUGCCGAUGAACGUGGCUGAUCUGAUCGCAUAAUUCCUGAAGCUCACACUGGGGUGCCCCGGGCUUCAUGACGAUAAAAAACGACAGCUAGAAUGCAGCUCUUACCGAGUCGGACGAACCAGUCCCCACAAACGCCCAGUGUAAAGACACUUUGCGCACCAGGAAUCAUGGGAGGAAAGGGAAUGUUGACUAGAUUGUUCCACCUUCAUCAACAAACGAAACUAUAUUCUGAGCGUCAAAGCGGCAUUAUUCUGAACUCCUGGCCUCUCCGAGGCUUGAAUUGUCCAGCCGCAUCUCCCACCGGGAAUCACGGAGACACAUCAUGAUAGUCCACAUGGUAAAUUGUAACGAACGCGCGUAGCGUCGUCUCCACUCAUCCCCCUCAACUGGGCAAAGAUCCGUCAAAAUAAGGUUCUCCGGCUACGCGGCGAACAAACUUUUCGUUUGAAUUGCGGUCCUGAUACCUACCAUAGUAAAAGUGGCAAAUGGCAGCAUACUGGGACUAACCAAAACAGGCCAUAACUACAACUGUGUCAUUAUAUGCUCUGUAUGCCUAUAUUCGGGCUUCCGGCAUGCAAAUUCGUCUCCAUGUCACGAACAAGUCGGUCAACCACCACAUGUCAUGACUGUGCGCCGCGGGUGAGAUCUACCCGGAGGGCCGGAAUUGUUUCCUUAUGCAAAACUUAGGCACAUUUCACAUCACCCCUUUUACGUACGAAGCCUAGCACAAACUAGCCAGGCUGUCAAGUGCAGUUUAGGCAUUGUUGACCAAGGAACGUAUAGCAGAAUGCGGAUAGGUUGGCAUCCGUUUCUCAAGGGAGUCUGCUGGCGGGUGAUAUUGAUUCUGUGAUGCAGGACCUUCGAGUAAGUGAAACUCGCAAACCUGUAUAGCUAGAGGGACCGAAAAUUAAGGUCUGUUUUUGCCCAUA